CGUAAAGAGAUGCGGUAAAGACAAGCGAGCUUCGGUGUUCCGCCCGCUGACUCGGUGGCUCUGGAUUUGCUGCUAGUGAGGCCUGCGGGUCGGGCUUCCACCGGGCUCGAGUAGAGCCCGACGCCGCCGUCGAGAGGUUGAAGCCCGGCAGUCGGCGCAGCUGCAGCCCGGCCUGUGGACCAAGGUAUGGAACGGAUGGAAGUGGACCAGUGCGCAGGCGCAGCUGGCGGAGCGGGAGGCGGGGCACUCCGCAGGUCGAACAGCGCCCCCAUGAUCACAAGUGUCAGUGACGGGAUGACGGUCUUCAGUCCCGUGUCCUCGGCUCGGUACAGACGCAGCAGUGUCUCCAUCAACCCCAGCUGCCCCUCGCAGCUCGUCCCUCUGUCUCCUUUCUCUCUGACCGCAGACAGGCUCGACCACAAGAGGCAGGAGGAGAACACGGAGAUGACGCUCAGAGGGACUCUGCAGAGACUCAGUCCUUCCAGUCUGAUCCCAGUUCCUCCAGUCAGCCAGUGGCAUGACCACACAUCAGUGUGGUUUCCAACGCACGACAGCGGUGUCACGCCCAACUCGUCCCCGAGCCCUACCAGGAGGUUCAGACCUGCGGUCAGCGCCACGGUGAGGUGGCCGGCGUUGACUCCGCUGAAGAGGAAAGGAGGGGUGGAGUCAGACGGACCUCCAAAGAAGCUUUUUGUUGCUGGAGUAACAGACCCCGCCCACCGCAGCAGCUACACAGUCAGUGUCUCGCAGUCAGCAGCAGACUCUCCUCCUGUGGGAGGAGUCAGUCCUCAGUCCCGCCCCCUCUCUCUCUCUCCCCCAACCUCCUUCACCCCCUUCACUUCCCACCAACACCCCGGACACUAAAGCCCACCUCACCUAGAGCCCUGACCCGUCACUGUGGAUGCAGACUGACCAUCAGCAGCCGGAGGAACUUCGACCUUCAUCAGAGCAUAAAUCCACUCCAGUCAUCUGUCAGCAUCCCUGUAAGCCCCGCCUCUUCCUGCAGCAGAAAGAAGAUGUUUUUUCACUUCUAGUUCAGCUGAUUUCCUGCCCUCUGAGAGGGCCUGGAUAUUUUUUUUUUUGGGGGGGGGGUCAAUGCUGUAGAUUUCCAGCUGUUCCCAUUGGCUGAUUGGAGUGUCAUCUUCAGAAUCAUGUCACUUUGUGGCUCCACCCCAUGUGUAGGCCACACCCACUGCAGAUUAAAUGACCUAGAGAGACCUCAUCAUCAUUGCAAGUAGAAGUGAUUUUGGGAAAAUUUGUGGAGAAAUUUAAGACACACUGGUUGUGUUGUGUUGGGCUGGAAAUGUGAAAAGACCCGACUUGGACUGAAAAGGAUUUUGGGUAAUCCUUACAUGAACAUCGAGCAGUAAUUAGGACUAAAGAAGGAAGCAAAAAAGCCAGAGGAUGUCUCGUACUUUGGCUUCAUUUCUCUAAAAUCUCUUGAAGCCUGAGAUGGAGCUCAGCUCAUGGGUGGAUGAAACCACAGGGCUCCUGUCCGAUUGGACCAGUCGGGUGAUGCUGUUUAUGAAGUUACGCGUUCUCUCCGGUUAAUUACUUGGAUAGGUCAGAUGAGGUCUUGAGUUGUAAUCAAGACUGAAAUGCAGACUAUUGUCAAAAUGGUCUUUGGAGGAACUUCCAGAACAUUUUGGUUUCACUUCAGUCGACGGGAUCUGAACCAAACUCAGAAACUUCCGCAGAACCUUUUUUUUUUUUCCUGAAGUCACAUUUGUAAAAUCUUUCUGUAAGGAAGAUGUAGAAAUGAUGAGGCUGAUGUAGACGAGGAAGUCAUGAGUGUUCAUGACUUGUGGAUCAGUGGAAGAACAUCUGGACUGGCACUUCACUGAAUCCAUGAACCAAGGCUAUCAUUCCUAAUCCCAAAACCACAUGAAGGCGGGGCAAAGUUCUCCCACUGAUCAAAGUCUCAGCCAUCGAAGACUUGUGUUUUAAUGAAAACUUUCAGUCAUGGCUGAGACUGAAUCCUUCUGUUUUUCAGGAAGAAUCUCGACAGACUUUGGUCGGGUUUCUGGCUGGUUUUCCAAACUGGUCCUCAGUUAGUGGAAAUGUGGAGAGGUGGUCUUCUUGUUAAUAGUGUAUCUAUAUGUGAAUAGUCGGAGCAGCUGAUGUGCGCUGACCUUCCUUCAGCCCGCAGGGUCUGAUUGUACAUAUUGAAUCUGCAGAAAGAAGCUGUGCUCUUCCUCCUCUGAGGUACAUUUAUGCUUUAACCCUCCCUCCCGUCAGUCUGUUCUGAUUUGUCAGAACCACCAGGACCUCCAGGAGAGUCUAGAUUCUCACUGAGUUCUUCCUGAGGUCGUCAGAGUGGUAAAGAUCAGACUGUUGAUGGUACAAACCCCCUUAAAGAUAAUAAGAUAAGUAUUGACAUUGUGGUAAUAUAUCAGUCAUAAUGCCUGGCCUGGGGUGUGAAUAGUUUAAUAGUUUUAUUUUAAAAUCUUUGGCGCCUCAAUGGGAGUGUGAUUACAAGAAAACAUCUGAGAAUAACCAAAAACUUUCCAAUACACACCAAAAAAAACCAUCUCACAAGUUCACCACUCACCAGACUGUUUGGGGUAGAUAGUUCCUGAUGGGUGCUGGUGUACUACCCUGUGUCCAUCAGUGCUUAUCCAGCUCUACCUAGAAACUGUCCGGCACUCAUGAGUAACCAUUUGCCAAACUAUCUUGCACUCAUCAGAAACUGCUUGGCGUACUAUUCUGUGCCAAUUGGAAAUUAUCUGAGACUAACCAGAAACCUUCCACUGCACACCACAAACUAUUGGGCAGAUCAUCCAUCCCUACACAGUCAGCUCGCAGCACUACCCUGCAGUCAGCAGUUUCAAUCAGCUACCCUGCAAACACCAGGAUGAUGUUUGUGAGUGGCUCACACACCCAUGGAGGCUCCGUAUGAUUCAGAGUUCACUCCGUAUGGCAGUAACCAGGUUUGUACAGGCGUCCUAUAAAAAUGUCACUUCUAUAAGCACCAAUUCACUGAUCUGGAUUUCAUAGUAUUUGAGUUUUGUCAUCUCUGUGAUGACUCAACACAUGAGCACAAAGCUGACCUCUGGUCAGGGGUCGGAGGCGGAGAUUUUAUGUGGGCGGAGGUUUCAGAAGCGAGCUGCAGUUCUGCUUCCAGCGUUUGCACUUGCACAGCACUGUACAGUUUCUUAGGAUCACUCAUCGUGCCUGAACAUGUCUUCAUUUCGGAGGAGCGGUGGUCGGGUUAACGCGCUCGUUAAACGUCAGGUCUGAGGUUUUUCUUCCACCGUCACCCGUGAGAUGUGUUUGUAUAUAGAGUCUCUAUAAGCUCUUUUUAUUGAAGUGUCUUCAUUCCCAAAAAUAAUGAACCGCUGAGUGCCGGUCGCUGCUCCAGCGUCGCCGGCUUCAGAGACACGAAAGCUUUGUAGGUUUUUUUUUUUUAGAGGCAGAUUUUUCUGUUGUCACGACUUUGCACAGUUAGAUCAUUUUAAUCUUUCUUUCCAUAAAGAGAUUGAUCGCAUAUCCUCAUGGAAGAAAUGCUGUUAAGUUUUGCUGCUUUUUCUGUUUUCUUGCUUUAUUUCAUGACCUGUUACCAUCUCUGAGUCUGUCCCGCUCCAGACGAACGCACCCAGCACAUUUACGUCCUGAGGUCGGAGGAUGAGGCCGACGCCAAACCAAGUUUCAGUUCUUUAAAGAAGCCAAAGUUGUCACAGGCUAAAAUAAAAACUGUUAUUUCAAUAAAAUCCAGGAAAAAGUGGCAAAAUUCAGAUUUAAAUCAGACAUUUAAUCAUUUAUUGAAGCUUCUGAGGCCGGACAGACUUUCCUCAGAGGUAACAACAUGCUGCCAAAUUCUUGUUGCUGUACAGACAAACCAUAGCUUUAAGACAACUUCCUCUGUCUGUGUGUGUGUGUGUGUGUGUGUGUGUGUGUGUGUGUGUGUGUGUGUGUGUGUGUGUGUGUGUGUGUGUGUUUUAAACUUUGCACAAACACCAUCCCAGGCUGUCGGUAGCUCUGGAGCGAGGAGGAGUUUUUAUGUAGCUGGACUGAGCUGUGGUGGAUUCUGGUGUCGAGCGUCUCUUUGGUGUUCGUUAAACUUUCAGCUUUAAACGGAAAGAGAGGAAGUCUGUCUGACGGCUUCAUCCUUAAAGUGUCUCAGAUUACAGUUUUGUGUUUAACGCACGUUUCCAGUGUGAUUGGAGAUUCUGCUCGUCCCUGUACCCGUCCCUGUGAGAUUAAAGCCAGAUGUUUCCUUUGGUUUUACAGAAAAAGUUGGUUUGAAAUAUUAAAAUGAAAGUUAGCAUCCAGUGACUAAAAGAAUCAGCCAUUAUUUAUGGUUCAUUUUAAUCCAUCAGUGAGUGGUAAGUCCUCUUGGUGGCUCCCUUAUUUCACAGCGGGUGGAUCCACACGCCCUUCCUGAGGCAGCCCUCUCGUGGAUCCGGCUUGUGUUUCCUCUCGGUUUAUUUUUCAGGGUCUCCGGUGUCACCAGCAGAUCUCUGGGCCCAGAGUUUCCUCUCUGAAUGCUGCAGAGUGCAGAUAGAUUAAAAAGCUCAAAAUCACUGUCAGACGAUCAGCUGAGGACAGUAUGAUGUCACCUUUGGUUGGCGAGGCCUCCAGAUGAGCGUUUUCGCUGUUGCCGCUCUUGGUUUUGAAACUUGAUGUUGAGCAACACUGAAUUCUCAUUGGCUAACCACAUGUUACCAAGGAUACCAUGUUUGAGUGGCUCUGAUGCUGCACGCUCCUAUUUGAGCUGAUAAUCAUGCUCAGUAACAGAUCUGAUGUUUUACUGAAGCUGACCCCUGACCUCAUAAAGUUUUCCCUGAAGAGCUGGAAGCCUCACGCCCCCUGCUGGCCUGCAGGUUUGAGGCGCGCCUGCGUUAGCGUCACUUUUCAGAGCUGCCGUUCCUCUUUCAAAACUUUCAGCAGGUCUUACCUGCAGCCACAGCCAGCCCUAACAUGAUCAUCUUACACUUUCAGGUUGAUCAGCAGCUCUGCGUCCUUUGUUUAAUACUUGUUCAGAAUUAGUAAAUGAAAUUGUUGUAAGCCCGGUAACGUUUUUAAAGCCGGUGACCGUUGUCAGCACUUGGAUCUGGUUUUUAAACCAUUGUGACUGCAGUACAGGUUAAAGCUGAGCGCACAUACUUCAGGGCCUGCCUGCAACAUUUGGCAUUUCUGCACAAACUCACACCUUCAUCACUCAGAUGACCAAACAUUCAGAGUAAUCCCUGAUCUGCUGCUUCCACUUCUCCAGCUGUGAUCGUUGCUGGUUUUCUUGGGAUUUUUUUCGGCUCAGGCUUCAGGAGCAGAUGAAACGGUUGAUUAUUGAAGAACUCUGCAGCACUUUGGUUUAAAAUGAGGAGAAACCCUCCAGUCACACUGGGAUGUUGUAGUUUCAGGACUUCCAGACGUUGCCUUUAGCUUUUUAUUUUGGAUUUGUGCUCGUUAAAGUUGAAGCAUUACGUUGGUAUUGGUCAGGGUUUGGCGGCGAGUACUCGCUGAAGGUUUUUCAGUAUUAAAGGAGUAUUUUACUCUGGAACGCUGCGAGUCAGUCAGAAAUGACCUUUCCAGGGUCCCGUACUUCCCCUACAUCAGACUGCUUUGAGAGUGUUAGUUUGCCAUCAGCUCAGAGUAUUCUGGCUUUCAUCUCACAGUCUUCAUCAGUCGAUGGGACUUGUGUAAGUUAGCGUCGCCGUGGGUCCCUCAACAAAAAGCCAAAUAACCUGUGCAUUAAAUAAAACUUGUUUUGUUUCGUUCUGCAAGAUAAUUUUUACAAACAGAUGCCACAGCACCAACGUCAGGCUCGAAACCCGCGACCCCCACCAUCCUGAGGUCACGCAGCAUAAAGAGACGCAGAGCCACGAGUUCAGAGCUUUAACUCGUUUCAGGGUUUUCAGGCUGGGCGGAGGCGUCACCUGUGAUCAUGUGACCAGGAUACCUGUUACCUGUGUAUGGUGUGACUGAGGUUAAACAGUCAGCCGGGUAAAGCUCUGUCUUGUGUGAAGAUCAUGAGCUGUGGUUGAAGCUGAGAGUUUCACACAGUUAUAAUAAACAUGAAGUAUUUAAUGUUUAACAAAGCUUAAGAUCCCCGUCUUAAUACAAACCUUUAAUUUUGAGUGAUGAUGAGACUGACAGUCGAUGAAGGACCAGAGUGAGAUACGACUUUAAAAAAGGGCUGCUAAGAGUUUUAUUGCAUAGACAAAGGGAACUAAAAGCACAUCACAUUCAAGUAUUUUCACACUGUAGAUACUUUAAAUUCUCUACGUGAGACAAAUGAGAUGAUGUAUUUUUAUGCAACUGAAGAGUUAAAGUCUAUAUUCAAGUGUUCAUUCCCUCGAGACGAUCUCACGGCUGUAAAGACGCAGAAUGACUUUUUAGUGGAAACAAUUCAUGUACACACUAUAAAUAUAUAUAAAUAUUAUAUUGUAUAUGAAACUACCAAUAAAAGAAAAUCUGUACCUUCA